GCUAUAAAUAGUGAGGAUAUUGGACAACACUAUCCAUCAUUUAAUUUCUUCUCUUACCAUAAAACAUGAAAUUCUUCUUUGCUUUCCUUUCUAUUUUCUCACUUAUCUUGUUUUCAGGCACUAUCAAUGCAAGAAAAGAUGUGGGUGAAUAUUGGAGUGGGGAAAUGAAAGAUCAGCCCAUGCCAGAAGCAUUACAAAGACUUGUUGGAGCUUCUUCUCCGGACUCAUUUACCUCCACAAAAGAGAAAGCUGAUUGUCACACAACUGACAACGUAGAACCGAUACCUGAUAUCUCCAUAUAUCACAAUGAUGUUAUACUUAAAGCAAAAAAGCCAUUAAAUGAGAAAUCAUUUCUCAAAAGGGAGUUUCAGCCAAGACCUGAUGUCAGCAUAUAUCACAACGAUAUCACACUCAAAGAUCAAAAUCCACAUCUUGAAACAAAAAGUGAUGUUACAAUUCACCAGGAUAAUAUAGAGCUCAAAAGGGAGCUUGAACCAAGGCCUGAUGUCAGCAUUUAUCACAGCGAUGCCACACCUAAAAAUGAUGACAUAGGUUUCAAAGUAAAGAAGUCAUUUUCUAAUGAUUUUCAACCUAGACCAGACGUUUCAGUCUAUGGCGAGUAAUUACUGAAGACAAGCCAUUGCAUUCACUCAUGAGACACCAUCAUGUUUUGAUGCAUUUCAAAUUAGAAGCUGAAUAAGAUUUUUGACAUACUUGAAUAAACUACUUUGUGUUUUUAAGCUAUGUAAGAAGUUUCUCUUGCAUUAUAUAUUAUAUUUUUACUUUUCUAUGUUAGAGGGAAAACCUCUAAACUGACGGUGGUUCAUCAAAUCUCAGUUCAAUAUAUCCCAUGUUUGCAUCA